AUGUCCUCUCAACCUCAAGCCCUCCUUCGUCCCUGGCACUCGCGUAUGCACGCUCAUCACGGAUGGCUGCGUACGUUCCUCACCUUUUCCUUUGCCGGUCAGUACGACCCACUCUGGACCUCCUUCGGUCCCUUGCGGGUAGUGAAUGAAGAUAGGAUCGAGGCGCAAACGGGAUUUCCGACGCAUCGACAUGCGCAGUUUGAGAUCUUCAGCUAUGUGAUUGGAGGGAAGCUGAGCCAUCGCGACUCGAUGCGCCAAGGUCACCAAGAGACUCUUAGCCCGGGCUCAGUUCAGUACACCCGCGCAGGUACAGGCAUUGCCCACUCCGAGUUCAACCUGCAGCCAUCCAAGGAGACACACUUCAUGCAGAUCUGGUUCCGUCCGCGCAAGGACCUGAGACACGUUGAGCCGCAGUACUUUUCGUUCGGGAGCUUGGGCGCUGAAGGCAAGAGGGACGGGUUGGUCACACUGAUCGCGCCCAGUGGGGAGAUCAUGGCCGGGAAAAAGGGUAGUGCGGCACAGGCAGGGGGUGAGGAGCCCAUUCCUGCGCAUGAGUCUAUUGUAGUGAGGGCGAGCAUUCUGACGGGCAAGGGGAAGACGGUCAGCCAUCGUUGGGGUGAGGGGAGCGAUGCUGAGGGCCAAGAGGGGAAGGAGAGAUGGGGUCUCGUACACCUCGCGAUGCGAUCGGGGUACAAGGACCCGUCCAAGCCCUCGUCCCCGAGCAAAGAAGGGGAGGCGAGCGUCAAGGUUACGCUGCCCUCCAGCGCCGCUCUAGAGACGAAGAACUCAAAGGGGCAGGCGGUGAGCCAGGCGGGCGGGCAGAAGGAGUGGGUGCUCAAUGAGGGAGACGCCGUUUUCUUCAAGGGGAUGAAAGUUGGAGAAGAGGUGCGCGUCGAGCGACUCAAUGGUGAUGAGGGACAAGAGGCUGAAUUCUUGCUAUUCGAUCUGAGGGCGGGCAGGCCGGGCGAGGAGGAUGAUUAUUGA